AUGCAUCGGGAUUUGAACCUCUCCGCCGAGGAACUCAAGGCUGCCGUGCUGCAAUCAAGGACCUUGACUUAUGGCUGCGGAGGGGUUGCAUUCCAGCGGGGGUCCUACCAGCGUCGCGGGCUUUACACGAUCAGAAGCAGCAACCCACGCCGCCUCAAGCUCCGCCGGCGGCAGCCUGAGAUCUCCAGUAAUCACAUCCGCUAA